GCUUGUACUACUUCUUUCCUUUGCUCUCCCCUGGCCUCUCUACCAUUCCACUCCUCCCCCACACUCGGUCUCCCUUCCUUUCUGCUUGUCUUCUGUUUAAUCAUUUUUUGUUUCAGUCUUCUGUCCUUACCUCCUGUCUUUACAUCUUUCUUUUACCACCUUAAUUAUUUCUACACAGACUUUCUGAACCAACAAGUAUAAAGACUCAUUCUUUCACCAUGGCAGACAAAAGUCGUAUGCUAAUGAGAAGAAAAGAGAGAAAAGGAAAAGAAUCCCCUGAAAUGACCAAGGAUGUAAAGGAAGUGAAGAAUGAAGGAGAGAGGGCAGUGGAUAAUGGCGAGGUCCCGUCAGCUGAGGCGGCAGCUACCAAUGGUGCAGUAGCUAACGGUCAGAAUGGAGAUUUUCAGGUUGAGCCAAUGGAACUACCUCCAUUUGAAAUCAUCGCAGGGGACCGGAUUGAUCCUUUUGCCUUUAAGUUCCAGUUCAAGAAUGUGGAAUACUCCUCUGGCCGCAACAAGACCUUCCUGUGUUACCUGGUGGAUAAAGGGAACACAGUUGAUGGGCUGCUGAGGGGCUACCUGGAGGAUGAGCAUACCGGCUCUCAUGCUGAGGAAGCAUUCUUCAUACAGUGCCUACCGAACUAUGACCCUGCGCUCAAAUACACAGUCACCUGGUAUGUGUCUUCCAGUCCCUGCUCUGCUUGUGCAGCAAAGAUAGCUGACGUGUUGAAGGCCAGGAAAAACGUCAAGCUGAGCAUCUUUGCCGCUCGGCUAUUUGAGUGGGAGGAAGCAGAGAUCCAGGCUGGACUGAAGGCCCUGCAUGCUGCAGGCUGUAAGCUGAGGGUGAUGAAGCCUCUGGACUUCUCCUACACUUGGGACACAUUUGUGGAGAAUGAGGAACAACCUCUGAACCUGUGGGAGGACUGCAAAGAAAACUACGAGUAUUACCAGGAGAAACUGGCUGACAUUCUACAGUGACCACAGAGUCCAGUUGGGAAUGUGUGCAACUUUGAUCAUCACCAUUACUUCUUCACAGAUGAUUCAUGUUGAUAUUAUUACUGAGUGAUAGUGAUACAUAUUCAUAGUGCAUAUGGACCUGUAAAAGUAGAAUGUGCCACAACAUCGGCAGUGAUCCCCACAUCUGGCUUCCACUUUGGGACUGUCAUGGUCUCAGACAUUAGUGCUUUUCAGCACUUUUACUUGUUAGUAUGUGUUUGUUUUGGGGUUUUUUCCGCAUAUUUGCACACAGUGAUUUUUAAGGGGUGCUAGAAUAUUAAGUUUAUUUUCAGUUUGAAAAGGUAAAUGACAGAAGGGAAAGACAGGGUAUGUUCACAUUCAGCAUAUGUCAUUUAUGUAGUAGAAGAUAAGAGAAACCGGGCUGUCCAGCUCCCUGUAUACAUGAUUGUAUGAUUCCUUCACAUUCAGCCUCUGAACUUCUAUUACUUGAGAGAGAGAGAGAGAGAGAGAGAGAGAGAGAGAGAGAGAGAGAGAGAGAGAGAGAGAGGUUAGUUGAGAUUAGCACUGUGAGAAAGUGAUGGGAUUAAAAUGGCUGUGUUACACCUUUAGUCUUCUGCUCACCACUCUGUGUAAACAUGUUUGCAGUUAAAUAAAAAACUGACACAAAACUGUCCAAUUGAAUGCCAUUCAUAUCUGUUCACAUGACCGGAUUAACCUGUUUGGGAACUCUGGGACAAAAAAAGAGACUGAUCAGAGUCUAUGAGACUGCAAAUUCCCAAAUACUUUAGAAAUGAAUACCAGAAGCCAACUGACGUAUGUUGAACUUGGGGCUUUCCAGGCACCUGAGGCUAAUCCAGCCUUUUUUGUUUAGAGUACAUCAUGUUCAUAUUCAAAUAAUGUAUCGGUAUUAGCCUUCUGCCUCUUGCCUGCUCUCUUCUUUCAGUAAUAAACAGAUUUCAAUAUUC